AGGGUGCGGCCAGGCGACUGAGGGCGGGGACGGCGUGCGGGCGUGCGGGCGGCGCCUGGGGGAGGAGAUCGGCCCAUGGACCCGCGGGGCCCGGUGCCCCAGACUCGGUGCCGCCGGGACAGAGCCCAAGAUGUCGGCCUAGGCCCGGCUGCGACGACAAGGACUUUGCGGCUACUGGACACCGGGGCGCGCGACCGCUGGGCCGGGGAGUGCUGGCCCUGACGCCGGGGCGCACGGGCGGCGAGAGGCCGGUGCGUGGGGAGCGGGCCGCGCGGCACCAUGUCGGCCAAGGUGCGGCUCAAGAAGCUGGAGCAGCUGCUCCUGGACGGGCCGUGGCGCAAUGAGAGCGCCCUGAGCGUGGAGACGCUGCUGGACGUGCUGGUGUGCCUCUACACCGAGUGCAGCCACUCGGCGCUACGCCGCGACAAGUAUGUGGCGGAGUUCCUCGAGUGGGCUAAGCCAUUCACACAGCUUGUGAAGGACAUGCAGCUUCAUCGGGAAGAUUUUGAGAUCAUCAAAGUGAUCGGAAGAGGGGCUUUUGGUGAGGUUGCUGUUGUCAAAAUGAAGAGCACUGAACGAAUUUAUGCAAUGAAAAUUCUCAACAAAUGGGAGAUGCUAAAGAGGGCAGAGACAGCGUGUUUCCGAGAAGAGCGCGACGUGCUGGUGAACGGCGACUGCCAGUGGAUCACUGCGCUGCACUAUGCCUUUCAGGAUGAGAACUACCUGUACUUGGUUAUGGAUUACUAUGUGGGCGGUGAUUUGUUGACCCUGCUGAGUAAAUUUGAAGACAAGCUUCCAGAAGACAUGGCAAGGUUCUACAUUGGUGAAAUGGUGUUGGCCAUUGAUUCGAUCCAUCAGCUUCACUACGUGCACAGAGACAUUAAGCCUGACAAUGUCCUUUUGGAUGUGAAUGGUCAUAUCCGCCUGGCUGACUUUGGAUCGUGUUUGAAGAUGAAUGAUGAUGGAACUGUUCAGUCUUCAGUGGCUGUGGGUACACCUGACUACAUCUCACCAGAGAUCCUGCAGGCCAUGGAGGAUGGCAUGGGCAAAUAUGGACCCGAGUGUGACUGGUGGUCGCUGGGCGUCUGCAUGUAUGAGAUGCUGUAUGGAGAAACGCCAUUUUAUGCAGAGUCACUGGUGGAGACCUAUGGCAAGAUCAUGAACCAUGAGGAGCGAUUUCAGUUCCCAUCCCAUGUCACUGAUGUCUCUGAAGAAGCAAAGGACCUUAUUCAGAGACUGAUAUGCAGCAGAGAACGCCGGCUUGGGCAGAAUGGAAUAGAGGACUUUAAAAAACAUGCAUUCUUUGAAGGCCUAAAUUGGGAAAAUAUACGAAACCUAGAAGCUCCGUACAUCCCUGAUGUGAGCAGCCCUUCUGACACAUCCAACUUCGACGUGGAUGAUGACAUGCUGAGAAACACUGAAAUAUUACCUCCCGGCUCUCACACAGGCUUCUCUGGAUUGCAUUUGCCAUUCAUCGGCUUUACAUUCACAACAGAAAGCUGUUUUUCUGACCGAGGCUCUCUGAAGAGCAUGAUGCAGUCCAACACAUUAACCAAAGAUGAAGACGUGCAGCGUGAUCUGGAGAACAGCCUGCAGGUGGAGGCGUAUGAGCGAAGGAUACGAAGACUGGAACAAGAGAAGCUGGAGCUGAGCCGGAAGCUGCAGGAAUCCACCCAGACUGUGCAGUCUCUUCACGGUUCCACACGGGCCCUGGGCAACUCCAACCGGGACAAAGAAAUCAAGAGGCUAAAUGAAGAAAUUGAGCGCUUGAAAAAUAAAAUGGCAGAUUCACACAGGCUUGAGCGGCAGCUUGAGGAUACGGUGACACUGCGCCAGGAGCGUGAGGACUCCGCACACCGGCUGAAAGGCCUGGAGAAGCAGUACCGCCUGGCGCGGCAGGAGAAGGAAGAAUUGCACAAGCAACUGGUUGAAGCUUCAGAGCGAUUGAAAUCCCAGACCAAAGAACUCAAAGAUGCCCAUCAGCAGCGAAAGCGGGCCCUGCAGGAGUUUUCAGAGCUCAAUGAGCGCAUGGCAGAGCUUAGGUCCCAGAAGCAGAAGGUGUCCCGUCAGCUCCGUGACAAAGAGGAGGAGAUGGAGGUGGCCAUGCAGAAGAUCGACUCCAUGCGGCAGGACAUCCGCAAAUCUGAGAAGUUCAGGAAGGAGCUGGAAGCUCAACUUGAGGAUGCGACUGCCGAAGCCUCCAAAGAACGGAAGCUGCGCGAGCACAGCGAGAGCUUCUGCAAGCAGAUGGAGAGCGAGCUGGAGGCCCUCAAGGUGAAGCAAGGAGGUCGGGGGCCAGGUGCCACAUUAGAACACCAGCAGGAAAUCUCCAAAAUCAAGUCCGAGCUUGAGAAGAAAGUCCUGUUCUAUGAAGAGGAGUUGGUCCGCCGAGAGGCCUCCCAUGUGCUAGAAGUAAAGAAUGUGAAAAAGGAGGUACAUGAUUCAGAGAGCCACCAGCUGGCCCUGCAGAAGGAAAUCCUGAUGCUGAAGGAUAAACUAGAGAAGUCGAAGCGAGAGCGGCAUAAUGAGAUGGAGGAGGCGGUAGGCACAGUAAGAGAUAAGUACGAACGCGAAAGAGCCAUGCUGUUCGAUGAAAACAAGAAGCUAACAGCUGAAAAUGAGAAGCUUUGUUCCUUUGUGGAUAAACUCACAGCCCAAAAUAGACAGCUGGAGGACGAGCUGCAGGACCUGGCAUCUAAGAAGGAGUCAGUCGCACACUGGGAAGCCCAGAUCGCAGAGAUCAUUCAGUGGGUCAGCGAUGAGAAAGAUGCUAGGGGCUACCUCCAAGCCCUCGCUUCUAAGAUGACCGAAGAGCUUGAGGCUUUGAGAAGCUCUAGUUUGGGAUCAAGGACUCUGGAUCCACUCUGGAAAGUUCGCCGAAGUCAGAAGCUGGACAUGUCUGCACGGCUGGAACUGCAGUCUGCUCUUGAGGCAGAGAUCCGCGCCAAGCAGCUGGUUCAAGAGGAGCUGAGGAAGGUCAAAGACACAAGCCUCUCCUUUGAAAGUAAACUAAAGGAAUCUGAAGCCAAAAACAGGGAGUUAUUAGAAGAAAUGCAGAUUUUGAAGAAAAAGAUGGAAGAAAAAUUUAGAGCUGAUACAGGGCUGAAACUUCCAGACUUCCAGGACUCUAUCUUUGAGUAUUUCAACACUGCUCCUCUCGCACAUGACCUCACGUUCAGAACUAGCUCAGCCAGUGAUCAGGAAGCACAGGCUUCGAAGCCAGACUUGUCCCCUUCAGUGUCUGUGGCCACAAGCACAGAGCAGCAGGAGGAUAUACCUCGGCCCCAGCAGAGGCCAUCUGCUGUUCCCCUGCCCAACACACAGGCCCUCGCCAUGGCUGGACCCAAGCCCAAAGCGCACCAGUUCAGCAUCAAGUCCUUCCCCAGCCCCACCCAGUGCAGCCACUGCACGUCCCUGAUGGUUGGGCUGAUCCGACAGGGCUAUGCCUGUGAAGUGUGUGCGUUUUCCUGCCAUGUGUCCUGCAAAGACAGCGCUCCCCAGGUGUGCCCCAUUCCUCCUGAGCAGUCCAAGAGGCCUCUGGGCGUGGAUGUGCAGAGGGGUAUAGGCACGGCCUACAAGGGUUAUGUCAAGGUCCCAAAGCCCACAGGAGUGAAGAAGGGAUGGCAGCGGGCAUAUGCAGUGGUUUGUGACUGCAAGCUCUUUCUGUACGACCUGCCAGAAGGAAAGUCUACCCAGCCUGGUGUCAUCGCUAGUCAAGUCUUAGAUCUCAGAGAUGACGAGUUUUCCGUGAGCUCAGUCCUGGCCUCAGAUGUCAUCCAUGCAACACGCCGAGACAUUCCAUGUAUAUUCAGGGUGACGGCCUCUCUCUUAGGUUCACCUUCUAAGGCCAGCUCACUGCUCAUCCUGACAGAAAACGAGAAUGAGAAGAGGAAGUGGGUUGGGAUCCUUGAAGGACUGCAGGCUAUCCUCCAUAAGAACCGGCUUAGGAGCCAGGCGGUGCACGUCGCCCAGGAGGCCUAUGACAGUAGCCUGCCGCUCAUCAAGGCUGUUCUGGCUGCCGCUAUCGUGGAUGGAGACAGGAUUGCAGUUGGCCUGGAAGAGGGGCUCUACGUCAUUGAGCUCACCCGAGAUGUGAUCGUCCGUGCUGCUGACUGCAAGAAGGUGUACCAGAUUGAACUGGCGCCCAAGGAGAAGAUCAUCAUCCUCCUCUGUGGCCGAAACCACCACGUGCACCUCUACCCCUGGUCCUCCUUUGAUGGAGCAGAAGCAAGCAACUUUGAUAUCAAGCUUCCCGAAACGAAAGGCUGCCAACUCAUAGCAACAGGGACACUGAGGAAGAGCUCGUCCACCUGCCUGUUUGUGGCCGUGAAGCGACUGAUCCUUUGCUAUGAGAUUCAGAGAACUAAACCUUUCCACAGGAAGUUCAAUGAGAUGGUGGCACCAGGACACGUGCAGUGGAUGGCCGUGUUCAAGGACAGGCUCUGUGUUGGCUACCCUUCUGGGUUCUCUCUGUUGAGCAUCCAGGGGGACGGGCAGCCUCUGGACCUGGUAAAUCCCACUGACCCCUCGCUUGCGUUCCUCUCACAGCAGUCUUUCGAUGCCCUUUGUGCUGUGGAGCUCAAAAGUGAGGAGUACCUGCUUUGCUUCAGCCACAUGGGACUGUACGUGGACCCUCAAGGCCGGAGGUCACGCAUGCAGGAGCUCAUGUGGCCUGCGGCUCCUGUCGCCUGUAGUUGCAGCCCCUCCCAUGUCACGGUAUACAGCGAGUACGGGGUAGAUGUCUUUGACGUGCGCACCAUGGAGUGGGUGCAGACCAUCGGCCUGCGGAGGAUACGACCUUUGAACUCUGAUGGCACCCUCAACCUGCUGGGCUGUGAGCCCCCACGCCUCAUCUACUUCAAGAACAAGUUCUCAGGAGCUGUCCUCAAUGUGCCCGACACCUCGGACAACAGCAAGAAGCAGAUGCUGCGGACUCGGAGCAAACGGCGUUUUGUCUUCAAGGUUCCGGAGGAGGAACGGCUGCAGCAGCGGCGAGAGAUGCUCAGAGACCCAGAAUUGAGAUCCAAAAUGAUAUCCAACCCGACCAACUUCAACCAUGUGGCUCAUAUGGGCCCUGGGGAUGGGAUGCAGGUGCUCAUGGACCUGCCUCUGAGUACCGCACCCUCUGCCCAGGAGGAGAAGCAGGGCCCUGCCCCUCCAGGUCCCCCUCGGCAGCCCCCGUCCAGGAGCAAGCCCUACAUCUCAUGGCCCUCAUCAGGUGGGUCUGAGCCUGGAGUGAGUGUGCCUCUGAGGAGCAUGUCCGAUCCUGACCAGGACUUUGACAGAGAGCCUGACUCCGAUUCCACCAAACAUUCAACUCCAUCCAAUAGCUCCAACCCUAGCGGCCCUCCAAGCCCCAACUCGCCCCAUCGGAACCAGCUCCCUAUGGAAGGCCUGGAACAGCCAGCCUGUGAUGCCUGAGGCGGCCAGCAUAGCAGUGCGGGGCCUGGGAGCCCAGAUGGCCCCAAUGUCAGUGCCAAGACUGAGCUGACCCUCCAGUGUUGUCCAAGGAGAUGUAGAAUCAGUUUGUAGAUAGAUAAAAUAAUCUUUAUUAUAAUGAGCAGUUUUGUGCCACGUUGUUGGUGGCAAUUGACCAGAUGUUUUCGUCUGCACAGCCGUAAGGCAACACUGUUCCGUUUGCACAUGAAGGACCACCCUGACCCAUGGGCUUCCUCGGCAGAUGCUGGGGGUGUGGCCUCAAGCCCUUCCCUUUCUCCUGAAACUGUCUCAAGGACCUUAGAAGACUCAAGUCGUGCGUCACCCCAGUGUCAAGGAGGCAGAGGCUAGUUUGUGGCACUUUUGUUCACUUAGCCCUACAGCUGCCACUGUCCUGCUGACUGCCUGUGUCCCUGUUAGUCCAUGCUGGGCCACAGCCACAAGAUGCCCCUGCUGCAGUCUGCUGCAGGCUAGCACUGGGGCUGGCAAGCCCAUGGCCUGCUGAGCUCAGAGGUGGCUGGAGCCUGGGAAGCCAUGCCCCAGGUCCUGGGACAUCCCCUCCCUCUCCCUUCACCCUGCAUGGAGCCUCUGUGCUUAAUAGCCCAGUCAGUCACAUAGAUCACCCGACACUCCUGCACAUCGGCCCAUACCGCAGGCCCACGAGCGCCACCUGUAUUUAACCUCAUCCUUCCCUGUGACCUGUGUUGAGUGGUCAGGUCUGCGGCCCAGCCCACAAAGGCUGUGAUAACUGUGGCAGCAGGCAUGUCUUGUCCUCUUCUUGGACAGGCUUCCCUUACCUGUUGGCGUGCCUGGUGACACUGUUGAGGAUGUGCACUUAGCCGAGGUGGCACUGAGGGCUGUGGCACUGCUGGCCGUGCCUGCGUGUCACCCACACCCGCCUGCCCCAUCCGCCCUCCCAGCGUUACACUGGGCACGCGCCUGCUGGGAGCUCUGGUUUUUACUUUUUAAUGUAAGUCUGAGUCUUUGUAAUUAUUGAAUUGUGAGAACAUUUUUGAACAACUUACCUGUCAAUAAAGCAGAAUACAGCAGUUUUACAGUU